AUGGCCCAAUUCGAAGUCGAAGCUUUCACCCUCCUCGCCCUCGCCAUCGUCGCCAUCGUCCUCCGUGUCGUUGCACGAUGGAGCAUCGCGGGGCCCAAGAACUUCCAGCUCGAUGACUAUCUUAUGCCGCUGGCGGGGGUAGUCUACGGCCUUGAAACAGGCGCCGCGUACUGCGUUGGCGCAUGGUGGAUGGGGCUGGCAAACAACAGCAUGACGGACGCGCAGCGCCUGGAACUCAGCAAACAUCCCGACUCCCAGGAAUACCAUCUGCGCGUUGGCGGGUCGAAGACGCAGGUGCUGGGCUGGUCGCUGUAUACAACCCUGCUGUGGCUGCUGAAGGCUUGCAUGGCGGUCUUCUACGGGCGGUUGACGGCUGGCCUCAUCAACAUGCGCAUGCGCGUGCGCAUCGCAUACGCCAUGAUCGGCGCGACUUAUAUCGCCGUCAUCUGCUCCAUCCUGUUCGGGUGCCACCCCAUGUCCAAGAACUGGCAGAUCUACCCCGACCCAGGCAACUACUGCCAACCCGCAGUAUCAAAGAUCGACGUCUACGUUACGGUGACGCUGAACGUCGCGACGGAUAUCUACCUGCUGAGUAUCCCGAUGCCGAUCCUCUUCAAAGCGCGCCUUCCCAUCCGCGAGAAACUCGAACUCCUCGUCCUCUUCUCCGGCGGAACAUUCGUCAUGGCCGCCGGAAUCCUCCGCUGCGUCCUGAUCGUCACCGCCGGCGCAAACGGCGCCUCCCAAGCGGGCUCCUGGGCGUGCAGGGAGACCUUCGUCGCCGUGAUCAUCGGCAACGCCCCCAUGAUCUACCCGUUCCUGCGGCGGAUCGCAAAACGCGCAGGCCUGUACAUGACGACGCACCGAACGGCGCACUCGCAAUCCUACCCACUCGCUUCAACCGACGACAAAAACGGCAACGGGGGCGGUGGCGGCGGCGGGAAGAGUUUCAUGGGGAUGUCGCAGGCGAGCAAGAAGAAGCGCUUCCGACACCCGCUGUCCAUACCCGAUACGCAGUGGCGCGAUGACUCCGAGACGACUGUUGCUGUUGCGGGCGAGGAGGAGGGCGAUGAGAUGGCGAUGCUGAGUAAGAAGUUCAACCACACGCAGGGACAGUAUGGCAUGGGCGUUGGGACGGGUGGAAGGAUGAGCGUGCAGAGACAGAUGAGCCUCGAGGCGUUCCGGAGCGAUGCCGGGGCCGCCGAGGCGGUUAUUACGAGUGGGACACAUGCGAGUCCGAAGGGGUCGAGUACGUUGGCCUCUAGUCUGGAUUCGAUUCGGGACGAGGAGUUGAGUGGGAUUAAGGUUGUGCGGGAGACGAUUGUUGAGAGGAGGGAUGUUUGA